CUAUGUUCGUGCAUCCAAACAAAAGGUAAAAAGCAAUUGGUCAAACUCAAAGGUCAAAACUUUCGCAAAUCCACUUUCAAGAUCACAGGCUACCUGUUUCUUGAUUAUUGUUGUGCUGGUCACCAAAUCUCUCCCUUCUCUUUCCCCAAAUCUCACGCAUUUCAAUACCCACAAUAAAUAACCUAGGGUUCUACCCUAUUCUCAAAUUCAGUACAAAAAUCUCUUCGAAGUCAUGGGGAACACAUCGUCAAUGCUCACUCAAUACGACAUCGAAGAAGUCCAAGAACAUUGCAACAACACAUUUUCGCAACAAGAGAUAGUUUCCUUGUACCAAAGGUUCUGUCAGUUGGAUCGUAACAGUGGUGGGUUCAUCUCAGCUGACGAAUUCCUUUCGGUGCCGGAAUUCGCCGUCAAUCCCCUCUCUCAGCGACUAUUCAGGAUGAUUGAUGGAUUGAAUUUCAAGGAAUUUGUGUUAUUUUUAUCUGCAUUUAGUUCUCGUGCGACCUUACAACAUAAAGUAGAAUUCAUAUUCAAGGUUUAUGAUUCUGAUGGCAAUGGGAAGGUUGCAUUCUCUGAUUUGUUAGAUGUUUUACGAGACUUGACAGGACAAUUCAUUUCUGAACAACAAAGAGAGAUUGUCCUGACACAUGUUCUUGAGGAAGCAGGGUAUAAAAAAGAUUCUUUAUUAGUUCAAUCCGACUUCAUGAAGAUUCUUGGAAACUCGGGGUUGAAGAUGGAAGUUGAGGUUCCUGUUGACUAGUUUCAGAUUUAGUUUUUACAAAAAUCAGGUGUUUAGAUGCUUGUAUCAUGUAGUGUAAACAACUAAUGUUUUUUACUUUUUAGUUAUACCUGUUGUUUGAAUCUGAAUUUGAUCUUGUUUAUGUCUUCCAAGAGUGUUAGAAUUUGUAUUUUGCAUCA